GAUAAUAAUUUCACACUUUCAUUUCAGUCUUCUUGGCGCCCGCCAAUCCUCAGAGAGAGAAACAAAGAGAAAGUGUGUUUUUUCGGGUGUAAAAUCAACCUCUUUAGAUUCCCCACUAUUACUUCACUAAAAAAACCCUCCACUUCAUUUUUCAUUUUCUCUCUCCAACAAUCACGAAUUUCCUCUUAAACUUCAAUUUUCUCCUUCAAAUUCGUUCUCUUCAAUGGCUUCUCAGCAUCAGUUAAACGCCAUUAAGGGUGCGAAAAUUCUCAUGGUUGGUGCUGGUGGUAUUGGAUGUGAACUGCUCAAAACUCUUGCUCUUUCUGGUUUUGAAGACAUUCAUAUAAUUGACAUGGACACAAUAGAAGUUAGCAAUUUGAACAGGCAAUUUUUGUUUCGACAGUCUCAUGUUGGACAAUCAAAGGCAAAAGUUGCUCGUGAUGCUGUAUUGAAGUUCAGGCCUCAUAUAAGUAUUACAGCCUACCAUGCUAAUGUUAAGAGCUCUGACUUUAAGGUGGACUUCUUUAAGCAGUUCAAUGUUGUUUUGAACGGUCUGGAUAAUCUUGAUGCUAGGCGCCACGUAAACCGCAUUUGCUUGGCAGCUGGCGUUCCAUUAGUAGAGAGUGGGACAACUGGGUUCUUGGGACAGGUAGCUGUGCAUGUGAAGGACAAAACUGAAUGUUACGAGUGCUAUCCUAAGCCUGCUCCAAAAACGUAUCCUGUUUGUACUAUUACUAGUACACCAUCAAAGUUUGUUCACUGUAUAGUUUGGGCCAAGGAUUUACUCUUUGCCAAGUUCUUUGGUGACAGAAAUCAGGAAAAUGAUCUCAAUGUGCGUUCAAGUGAUGGUGCUAGCUCCUCAGAACAUUCCGAUGAUGUUUUUGAGCGUAGGAAUGAUGAAGAUGUUCAGUCCUAUGGAAGGAGAAUAUAUGAUCAUGUUUUCGGGUACAAUAUUGAAAUGGCUUUGUCUAACGAGGAGACGUGGAAAAAUCGUACCAGGCCAAAGCCAAUAUAUUGUAGAGAUGUUCUAUCUGAUAAUCAGCAAAAUGGAAACCUUGAUAAAUGUGGUUCCUGUAGUGAUUUAGCUUCAGUUUCAGCAAUGGCAUCACUCGGGCUGAAGAAUCCACAGGACGUGUGGAGCCUGGCAGAGAACUCUAAAGUAUUCCUAGAGGCUCUGAAAUCUUUUUUCUUGAAAAGAGACAAGGAAAUUGGCAGCCUUACUUUUGAUAAAGAUGAUCAGUUAGCUGUUGAGUUUGUUACUGCUGCUGCUAAUGUACGAGCUGCUUCUUUUGGUAUUCCUAUGCAUAGUCUCUUCGAAGCAAAAGGCAUUGCUGGCAAUAUUGUUCAUGCAGUGGCAACAACAAAUGCUAUAGUUGCUGGGUUGAUUGUCAUUGAGGCCAUUAAGUUGCUUACUAUGGACUUGGAAAAGUUGAGGAUGACUUACUGUAAUGAACAUCCAAAAAGAAAGAUGCUUCUUAUGCCAGUUGAGCCAUUUGAGCCUAACAAAGCAUGCUUCGUCUGUUCUAAGACCCCAUUGACACUUGAGGUUAAUGCUUUGCGCACGAAAUUACGGGACCUUAUUGAGAAAGUUGUACGAGCAAAGCUGGGAAUGAACCUGCCAAUGGUGAUGACUGGUCAUUCCCUGAUAUAUGAGGUUGGUGAUGAUCUUGAUGAAGAUGAGAAAAGGAAUUAUGAAGCAAAUCUUGAGAAGGUGCUUUCAGAGCUUCCAUCUCCAGUGACAGGUGGUACGACCAUCGUAGUUGAGGAUCUUCAGCAGGAAUUAUCCUGUGAAAUUAACAUAAAGCAAAGAGAGGAGUUUGAUGAGGAAAAGGAGCCUGAUGGGAUGGUUCUCAUUGGAUGGUCACAGGCUCCAACUAGUACAGAAAAGAAUGGUACUGUUCAGAAUGGUGAGAGCACAUCAGGUACAGCUGAAGUAAUGCAUUUAGAUAUUGCAGAAGUAGGGGAAGCUGAAGCCAAUACAGCUUCUAAGAAAAGAAAAUCGUCGGACCCUUCAAAUUCCUCUGGCUUUCACCCUACAAGUGGAAAUGACAUAAGAAGCAAGAACAAAGAGGUAAUUUUGGAAGAUGAUGGCGAUGACCUUAUUGUACUUGAGAAUUUGAAUUCUGAACCAGCCAAGAAGAAAAGGCUGGUAUAAAUCGCUUUGGAUAUUCUUUUUGAAAAACUUUUUAACCUUAAUUCACCAUUAGAGGUCUGUUAGAUUGCCUAGCAUUUGACUGUGAGUUAGGUCUGUUUUCUCUAGCUUUUGACUCUAACACAGUCUACUUUUGUCACCUUGUCUUAAGGUUCAAAUGUAGGAUGAUUUUAGCAUUUUGUUACUCUGUAAAUUAUUGACUGAUUCACCUUAUUAUCUGAAUCUAUUGGAAUCUUGUAUAAGCUGACACCUUGAAAAUUUGCUAGCUUUGAUAUUGAUUAUCAAGCUGCUAUUAUGAAUUAUAUUAUGCUGUUCUCAGGA